CCAUGAAUCUCUAUUCAGUAUCAAAGCGUCCUGCUGCUGCCUCUCAACCGAAUGGGAUUCCAUGUAGUCUGCAGAUAGACUUAACUUUAAAAAGUUUUUUUUUCUUUAUUUUUCAUUGCGAUUAAAAUAUAUUUGUCAUCAUCAUUAUUAUUUUGCCUGCUGUCAAGUUAUUCUAAAAUUAGGAAGUAAUGAGCGUGGAUGCACUGGGAAGCCCCGUGAUGGACCCUACGUUUUCCAAACGGAACACGGCGCUGAGAUUAGUUGACUUGGCAGGGGCUCACCACCAUCACCAUCAUCACCACCAUACCCCUCAGAGCGUGACAGGCUUCCCGGGGUUCAGCAGCCAUCCACACUCAAUGGCUCACUCGCACCCUGGGGAGAUUACUGCGGAACCCCGCCUGGGGCCGAGUCCAUUCGGGCCAGAACACAUGGGGCACUCCGCGGCCCUCAAAAUCAGCCCAGCCCAUCAUUAUCCCCACCACCAUCACCACCACCACAAUCAUCAUAUGGCAGGCCACAGCGAAGUGGUCUCCAGUCAAACGGGAGCUUUUGGCCCGGUUCAGGCGACAUCGGUCCCCUAUUCCAUGUCUCACACGGCCCAGGCUUUAUCCGCAGGUAGGGAUUUCCUCAUCCGGAGAGAUCUGACAGCUCAAGCCAUGCCGGUACUGACCGACCAGACUGCUGGUUCAGCCUCUCACCACGGAAUGUUUGUCUCAACAACAGGUAGCUAUCCCGGACACUAUGGUCAUCACCCCGACGCCGGGAACCAUACCCUCUUCUCCGGACUCCACCACGACCAGUCUUCUAGCGGAUCACCGGGUGGCCAAGCGUUGAAUGGACAAAUAAGGUUAGGACUACCUGGAGACAUGUACGUUAGGUCUGAUCACUUGAGUCAAGUGGCAAGCUCCAGGGCUGAUCCGUUCUCCGCCUCGCCGCUGCAUGGCUACGGUGGGCUGAAUCUGAACAUGAAUCUCAGCGCUGCUCACCACCACCACCACCACGGAGCCGGUGCCUUUUUCCGCUACAUGAGGCAGCCGAUAAAGCAAGAGCUGAUUUGCAAGUGGCUGGAGCCGGAGCUAUCGCCGAGGAAACUUUGCUCCAAAACUUACAGCACCAUGCACGAACUCGUAACGCACGUGACGGUGGAGCACGUCGGUGGACCCGAGCAGGCGAACCAUAUAUGCUUUUGGGAAGAGUGUCCGAGGGAAGGCAAGCCGUUUAAAGCCAAGUACAAACUUGUAAAUCACAUUCGAGUGCACACCGGGGAGAAGCCGUUUCCAUGCCCCUUCCCUGGCUGUGGGAAAGUGUUCGCGAGAUCCGAGAACCUGAAGAUCCACAAAAGGACGCACACAGGUGAGAAGCCCUUCAAAUGUGAGUUUGACGGAUGCGACAGACGCUUCGCCAACAGCAGUGACCGGAAAAAGCACUCCCACGUCCACACCAGCGACAAGCCCUACAACUGCAAAGUGAGGGGCUGCGAUAAGUCCUACACGCACCCCAGCUCCCUGCGGAAACACAUGAAGGUGCACUGCAAGUCCCCCCCGCCCAGUUCGGGCUACGAGUCGUCCACCCCGUCCCUGGUCUCCCCUUCCUCCGACCUGGGCCGGGAGCCAGGGGGCUCCUCGGUGCUGUCUGAGCCUGUGGGGGCCUCCCAGUCGGCGAAUCUGAGUGAAUGGUACGUGUGCCACAGUUCGGGUGCCAGCGGCGCCCAAACCCCACCCAGCGGGGCCUCCACGCCCGACCCCGCGGACGAGCCGCCUUACAGAAACCCAGGACCGAGGGACGCGUUUUAAACCAACUGGACUCCGACGGUGGAGUCGGGGGAGGGUGUGU